UGUCCUGUCGAUACAUAUUUUCUGGGCUGCCCAAGAAAGUUUGUGUAUACACUAAAAUUCUAACGAAACAAGUCGAUAUAUCGUCGUAUUUUUGUGCUAUUCGACGAGCUUUUGUAGAAAUGGAGUGUCCUCAUUUGGAGAAAGCGGUGAAAAUUGAUGUGGCCAUUAUGGAAAACCUGCAACGCAAUUUACAGUCAUGGUGUUGUUCGGUGUGCAAGACAGUCAAUAGUCCUUGGGUUUGUUUGAAGUGUGGCGUCAUUAAUUGCGGAAGAUACGUUAAAGCUCAUGCAAAAGCACAUUAUGAAUGUAAUCCAAGUCAUUGUGUUUGUAUGGAUAAGAACUUUGCUGUUUUUUGCUACAAAUGUGACGAGUUUGUUAUCAACGACACUAAAACAGGAAAAAUACAACAAUUUCGUGAUAUAUUGGGUAGGAAGUCUAUAAGGAGUCCUGGCAAGAAAAGAGGUUUAGGUGACGAUGUCAGCCAUACUGCUAGCAAACUGUCAAAAUUCGAUGACCAAGAAAACCUAAAACGUGGUGAAAAGCAACAUUAUUUAGCUGGGUUAAGGAAUUUGGGUAACACUUGCUUUAUGAAUGCUGUUCUUCAGUCACUAAGCAACAUUCAGCCGUUCACGUGCUAUUUCAAAGAACUUCCUGCGAUUGACCUGCGCAGUGAAGACGCAUGCGCCAAGCAGCGAUAUUACACGCGAAGUUUUAGGAUGAAAAGUGUAGAUGACGUAUCGCUAGUGGAGGAACUUCGAAAAAUUUUAUGUGCCUUAUGGCAAGGUCAAAGUGGCCCGAUAUCGCCAGAAACCUUAUUCUCCGUUGUCUGGAGAGUUGUUCCAAGAUUUAGAGGUUACCAACAGCAAGACGCCCACGAAUUUAUGCAUUAUCUUCUGGACAGGGUUCACAACGAGCUGUUGCUCACCAAGAUGGCGUGUAAUGGCAAAAACACCAUAGUUACUGGAAUAUUUGGAGGAUUGUUAGAGAGUCAGGUCAUUUGUUCAAGAUGUGGAAACGAAUCUAGAAAACACGACCCCUUUUUAGACCUUUCACUCGACAUUCCCGAGGAAUAUCAAUCACGAAGGACGAGAGUUUUUGACGGACCUGUUUGUCAUCUUAAAGAUUGUCUUGAUAGUUUCACUAAAGUAGAAGAGCUACAAGAUAGCGAGCAAUAUUACUGUCCACGUUGUAAAAAGAGACAGUCGUCGUCCAAGAAGUUGACGAUACUAAGAUUACCAAAUGUUCUAUGCCUUCAUCUUAAACGAUUUAAAUUCGUUUCAUUUCAUCGAAGUAAAAUCGACACGACUGUGGAAUUUCCUUUGCAAGACCUUGAUAUGAAUGAUUACGUCAUACCCAGUGUUAAAGGACACGGUUCGUGUACAUACAAUCUUGCCGCUGUUAUAGUUCAUCACGGCAGCGGCGUGAAUUCUGGUCAUUAUACUUCAAUUGCUUGGCACGAUGGAAAAUGGUACAAUUUCAACGACAGUUCCGUUCUGCCAUCGGACGAAAAACACGUGGAGUCAGUUAAGGGUUACAUUUUCUUUUAUACGAAAUCGAAGCCUGAUAACUCGAUCAUUGAGAAACUGAAGCCAUCGUGACGAAAUAAUCUCAUUUGCAAAUCGGGGCGUUUUUUUUGUAAAAUGACGUCGAUCUAAUUCUCUGUAUAUAGCUGGCAAUAAUUGCAUAGGAAUUUUUAUACUUGUGUGACACUUACGUAAAGGUCGGGUACCGUGGAAGCUAACGCGUUCUUUUUCUUGAUGGGGCUGGACUCUCAUAUUAAAGCCAGUCGCGUCGCCAGAGUUCCUUCUCAGUCGCUCUAUGCUGAUUUUUCACUUUCCAUCCACCAUGAAAACAGAUUUCUAAAGAAAUGAACAGAGUAAUGUUCGUAAAUAUACUACACGGGGAUGGAUUUAAGAGAAGAGGUUCGCAUACCUCCUGUCCUGGCUGGAUGAGGUUGCUGGAGGGAGGUGUGUCUUACCCAGAGUGAUUUUCCGACAAAAUAUUAAUAUACCAAAUAAUUGAGAAAAAGCAAUUGACAUCAGUGUUUAAUGGAGUACACCUCCAAAAAUCCCAAGUCAUAAUAUAAAAAGGAAACACAAUUUAACAAAAAAGUCUGAGCUGCUACGGCACAAGCAAGUAGCCAGCGAAAUCUACUCCAAACUAUAGCUCACCCCUCCCCCUGCAUAACCUUCUUGGAUCCAUCCCUGAUUUUACAAAUAGCAUGACUAAAACCUGCGGCUGGCGCCGCUGUCCAUCAUGACAUCUGCAAUUUAAUAAUCGCUCGAAUCAAAACUGAAAAGAGGCUUGAUAAUUUUGCUUGACUAAACCCUAGCAAAUAGCGUAUGUGAAAGUGAAGUGGUCGAUGAAGUCACUGUUAAAGUCAGCUGUUUGGUCUUUUAUUCAAUCAAAUUAUCAAAGUUUAAACCUGAACUCCGGCUAAGAAAGAUGGCGCCGUCAGGGAAAGCUACAACGCUAAUUGUGUGUGUUUGUGGAGGGGGGGCUGUAAAUAUUGAUACAUUUAGUUUUUCUGACUGAUUUGUUUUGAAGGCAAUUCUAAUUUUCAAAAGAAGUUAUUUAGGGAGAGCUGAAUGUAUUCACCCCACCCCCCCCUCGCUAACUAACGUUCUAGCUUCGCUCUUGUACAUCAUAACUCAGACGGCGGUGGCUCAGGUUCAUAGCACGAAAUGAGCCCCCCCUGUCCAUGCAGACCGGAAUGCAGACAUCCUAAUUUACGGGAUUUGUUUUAGAGUUGAUUAUUUGGAUGAAUGACGUUACGUGUAUCGAUUACGAAGUAAAUUAUCAAAACAAAAUUAAUGAUAAAUGAUACAUAUAGUGUAUUGUUUUGUGAAAUAUACUGAAUGUUGACUCUCGUUCGAA